AUGUCUUAUUUACACUGUAGUGAUGUUUUAGACAUUUACGUUGAACCCUAUAUUCAUUCGGGUUUUCGUUUACCAAAUCAACCAUAUUCCUAUUAUUACCGUAGUCUAUUCUCAUUACAUAAUGAGACUCUUUCAAUUUGGAUUCAUCUUGUGGGUACAUUUAUUAUCGUUUUGCAAACGUUUGAUCAUAUUUUAUCGACAUCUUCGCCAUUUGUUAUUUCUUAUAUUAUUUACAACUGUAUUGGAGCAUGUGUGAUGUUACUGUGUUCCGCUCAAGCACACUUAUUUCAUUCGCGAAAUUUAAAUGAUCAUUUAAGGUCAUUUUACAUCGACUAUCUUGGUAUUAAUUUUUAUGGAUUUAUUAGCGGAAUUGUUCAUUAUCGUUUUUCACGUGUCGACAGUUCUUAUGAAUUAUUUAACGAACCGUUCUAUUAUUUAUUUUUAUCAUGUUUAUCACUGUAUUCUCUAUCGAUAGCUUGUUUUUCUAGUGGUACAAUAUUCGUAUCAAAACUACCUGAACGCUUUCAUCCAGGCACAUUCGAUUUAAUCGGACAGUCUCAUCAUACAUUCCAUGGUUUCAUAUUUCUUAUGGGAUUUUUCCAGUCGGGUGCCACUUAUCGAGAUAUGUUACAGAUGAAAAAUCAAAUCACUACUCGACAUUUACUAAAAGAUAUAACUUAUGCCUGUGUUACAUUAACAUUAGAAAUAUUAAUUGUUUAUACGUGUUUAAAAUUAAGUUUUACACGUUUAGAAAAACAUUAUGAAAAAGAUUUGAAAAAACUUAAUAAACAUUUCAACAAAAAUAAUGAAAAUGCCAUCAAUGAUAAGGAUGAACAAAACUCUAUCAAAAAAAUUGAAUAA